CAUGCUCUGUUGGACUCCAACGAUUGACAUUUGAAGUAGGCUGCAGUAUACAGAAUUAAAUUUUAUGGAUAAGUUCUCAUCACUUUCAACAAAGUUCGAGGAAAUAAGAGACUUCACGAGGGUGGAACGAAUAGGUGCUCACUCACACAUACGCGGACUGGGUUUAAAUGACCUUCUGGAGCCGAAAGAAGUUUCUCAAGGGAUGGUCGGACAACUUCAAGCCCGCAAGGCUGCUGGUAUUAUUGUACAGAUGAUUAGGGAAGGACGAAUAGCGGGUAGAGCUGUGCUUAUUGCCGGUCAACCUGGAACAGGUAAAACUGCGCUAGCAAUGGGAAUGGCACAAGCUCUUGGCUCGGAAACUCCUUUUACGAAGAUAGCUGGAAGUGAACUGUUUUCGCUUGAACUUUCGAAAACAGAAGCACUCAACCAGGCUUUUCGUCGAAGUAUUGGAGUUCGAAUGAAAGAGGAGGUAGAAAUUAUUGAAGGAGAAGUUGUGGAGAUUCAAGUAGAUCGCCAAGUAGGUUCAGGUCCUAUGACGGGAAAGAAAAGUGGGAAGAUCAUUUUGAAAACUACAGACAUGGAAACAGUGUAUGAACUCGGAAACAAAAUGAUCGAUUCACUUGCUCGUGAAAAUGUGUCAGCAGGUGAUGUUAUUUCUAUCGAUAAGUCAACGGGAAAGGUGACAAAGUUAGGCCAUUCUUUUUCGAAAAGUCGAGACUACGAUGCUAUGGGUUCGGCGACCCGUAUUGUACAAUGUCCAGAGGGAGAGAUUCAAAGAAUGAAGGAAGUUGUGCAUCAAGUGACGUUGCAUGAGAUAGAUGUUAUUAACUCUCGUCAACAAGGAUUUCUUGCUCUAUUUUCUGGUGAUACUGGUGAGAUCAAAAACGAAAUACGCGAACAAAUAGAUGAGAGAAUUACAGAUUGGAUUGAGCAGGGUAAAGCCGAACUAGUUCCCGGGGUAUUGUUUAUUGAUGAAGUACAUAUGCUGGAUAUUGAGUGCUUCGCAUUUCUUAGCCGAGCGCUAGAAUCAGAAAUGGCACCUGUUUUAGUCAUGGCUACUAACAGAGGUUUUACUCGUAUCAGAGGCACUAAUUAUCGAGCGCCACAUGGCAUUCCUAUCGACCUUUUGGAUCGGCUCCUUAUCAUUGCUACAAAGCCCUAUUCGGAGAAAGAAUUGAAGCAGAUCAUCCAAAUAAGGUGUGAGGAAGAAGACGUUAAUUUGACAGAUGACGCUCUUAGUUUGCUGACUACCAUUGGUAUGGAAACCUCUCUCCGAUAUGCAAUGUAUACUAUUACAUCUGCUGCACUGAUAUGUGCAAAACGAAGAUCAACGCAGGUCGAAACCGAAGAUGUCAAGAAGUCGUAUUCUUUGUUUGUCGAUGCAAAACGCUCGACUCAGUUUCUUCAUGAAUAUCAGAGGGAGUAUUUAUUUAAUGAAGUUGAUGAUGAGGAAGUCGGUAUGGGACGGAGAUCUUCUACAUCAAAGUCGCCCUUGGAUCCAAGCAAAGAAGAGUUUCAUAGCGUUUCAGAGUUGCCAACAAGCAUGGAUAUGUCCAAUUGACAAUACAUAUGCGUUAUUGGAGAAUAAACGUUUUUGCUCAAAC